AUGUCUGACUCUGAGGGUCCUCCAGAUGAUUUUAAAGAGUAUAUAAUAAAAUGGGUAGAAGCUGAUGCUAUUGAAGCUACAAAGAAUGGUUCAAAAAUGGCAAUAUUAUAUAAUAAAAUAUUAAUGCAAGUUAAAAGAACUGAUGAACCAAUUAUUGAUACAAGAAGUUUAAAACAAAUUAAAUUUAUUGGAGCCAAAACAGCAUUAACUUUAAGUAAUAGAGUAGUACAAUUAUGUAAAGGGAAUGGAUGGGAAGUACCAAUUGGAUUUUUAGAAGAAGCAGCAGCAUAUGAAAGAACUUUAAAUAAAAUUGAUCAAACUAAAACAACUGAGGAAGAACUGACGCGACCAAAAAAACGCGCUCGAACGACUGCAAGUUAUGUUCCAAAACAUAGAUCAGGUGGAUUUGCAAUAUUAAUAACAUUAUAUUUAAAAGAUCAAGCUCAAAAGGGAAUGACAAGAGAUGAAAUUUGUUCAAUUGCAACAGCUUAUUGUGAUAAAUCAUUUAAUACUACAAGUACUUCAUAUCAUUCAGCAUGGGAUUCAAUUAAAACUAUUAUGAAAAAAGAUUUAGUUUAUAGUACUGGAAGAUCACCAAAAAGAUAUUAUUUAACUGAUGAAGGUAAAGAAUUAGCUAGUCAAUUAAAAACUGCUGUCAAUAUUCCAUCUUCUCCUGCUCAAUCAAACCCAGUUGUUAAUUCAUCUUUUGAUAAUGGACUUAGAUUGGAUUCUACUUUUGAAAAAUCAUCACCUAUUACUUAUAAAAAUUUUGAUAUUUUAGAAUCAACAAGACCACAAGCUCCAGUUAGAUUAUAUAAUCCAGCUCAUAGUAGUAAAUUAGUUACAGAAACAUUAACAAAUAAAUCCAAAACUCAUGAUGCUAAAAAUAGAAGUUAUGAAGGAAUAUCUUAUGAAAUUUGGUCUAAAGAUGAAUAUGAAGUUAUUUUAUUCAUUGAUAAUAGAGAAGUUAGAGCUCAACAAGAAAGAGAUUUUUUUGAAAGAAAAUUAAAAGGUCAUAAUGUAAAAUGUGAUGUAAAAGCUUUAUCAUGUGGUGAUACAGUUUGGGUUGCAAGACAUUUAAAAACUGGUAAAGAAGCAGUUUUAAAUUAUUUAUGUGAAAGAAAAAGAAUUGAUGAUUUAUGUGAUUCUAUAAAAGAUGGAAGAUAUCAAGAACAAAAAAAUAGAAUGAAAAAAUCAGGUAUGAAACAUUGUUAUUAUUUAGUUGAAGAAAUUUCAAUAGUUAAAGAAAGAGUAUAUGCAAUAAAAGAUUCAAUUCAAACAGGUAUAGCUCAAACAAUGACAAAUGCUAAAAUUUAUUUAAAAAGAUUUAAAGAUAUUGAUGAAACAACUGAUUUUUUAACUUCAUUAACUAGAGUUAUUACAGAAAUUCAUAAACAAAAAAAUUUAAUCAUAAUUAAACCAUCAGAUAUUUCAAAUCAAGAACAAUAUAUUGAAAUUUUAAAUAAAUUUAGAGAAAAAUUUGAACAAAAAUCAAAUUAUGAAUGUAGUCAUUUAUUUACAAAUUUUCAAGAAAUGAUGGGAAAAACUUCACAAAUGACAGUAAAAGAAAUGUUUGUAAUGAUGUUAAUGACAAUAAAGGGAUGUUCAUUAGAAAAAGCAAUAGUUAUACAAAAUAAAUUUCAAACACCUAAAAAAUUAUUAGAAUAUUAUCAUCUGCAAAAUGCUAGUUGUCCAGCUGAUACAAAAAAAAAUUUAAUGUUUGAUGAAUUUAAAAAUCAAGUUGGUAAUAAAAAAAUUGGUAAAGUCUUGCUGGAAAAGAUUUAUGAAGUUUGGGGUGUAUAG